AGAUGCAGCCUGGCACGGAGCGCAGCCGCCGCAGCAGCAGCACUUUCCACUUGCAUUGAUUCCCUCCCCGCCCGGCGCAGACUGCUCGCCCGCCAAGCACGGCCCGUGCGCCAGCCCUUGGCAGCCCCAGCGCAGUCGGGCUCCUGGAGGAAACUCCUUGGGAGCGCCCUGUCCGGGGUGCCCUCUGCGCGCUGCAGUGUCUCUCUGCCUGGGAGGAGGAGAGGGGAGGAGAAGGAGAGGGGAGGAGGAGGAGGCGGAGGACGUCUGGUCCCGGCUGGGAGGUGGAGCAGCAGCAGCAGCCUAGGCAGCCACCGCUGCCGCCGGAAAGGGAGAGGCAGGAGCGAUUGAGACUUGGAAACCCCAAAGUGUUCGCGACCCUGCACAGCAGGCUCCCUUCCAGCUUCAUGGGCAAAGUGUGGAAACAGCAGAUGUACCCUCAGUACGCCACCUACUACUACCCCCAGUAUCUGCAAGCCAAGCAGUCUCUGGUCCCAGCCCAUCCUAUGGCCCCUCCCAGUCCCAGCACCACCAGCAGUAAUAACAACAGUAGCAGCAGUAGCAACUCAGGAUGGGAUCAGCUAAGCAAAACAAACCUCUAUAUCCGAGGCCUGCCCCCCAACACCACCGACCAGGACCUGGUGAAACUCUGCCAACCAUACGGGAAAAUAGUCUCCACGAAGGCAAUUUUGGAUAAAACAACGAACAAAUGCAAAGGUUAUGGUUUUGUCGACUUUGACAGUCCUGCGGCGGCUCAGAAAGCUGUGUCUGCCCUGAAGGCUAGCGGGGUUCAAGCUCAAAUGGCAAAGCAACAGGAACAAGAUCCUACAAACCUGUAUAUUUCUAAUUUGCCACUAUCCAUGGAUGAGCAAGAACUUGAAAAUAUGCUCAAACCCUUUGGACAAGUUAUCUCCACCAGGAUACUACGUGAUUCCAGCGGUACAAGUCGUGGCGUUGGCUUUGCUAGGAUGGAAUCAACAGAAAAAUGCGAAGCCAUUAUUGGUCAUUUUAAUGGAAAAUUCAUUAAGACACCACCCGGAGUUUCUGCUCCAACAGAACCUUUAUUGUGCAAGUUUGCGGAUGGAGGACAGAAGAAGAGACAGAACCCAAACAAAUACAUCCCUAACGGAAGACCAUGGCAUAGAGAAGGAGAGGCUGGAAUGACACUUACUUAUGACCCAACUACAGCUGCUAUACAGAACGGAUUUUACCCUUCACCAUACAGUAUUGCUACAAACCGAAUGAUCACUCAAACUUCUAUUACACCUUACAUUGCAUCUCCUGUAUCUGCCUACCAGGUACAAAGUCCUUCUUGGAUGCAACCUCAGCCGUAUAUCCUACAGCACCCCGGUGCUGUGUUGACUCCCACAAUGGAGCACACCAUGUCACUACAACCUGCAUCUAUGAUCAGCCCUCUGGCCCAGCAGAUGAGUCACCUGUCACUAGGCAGCACCGGAACAUACAUGCCUGCAACAUCAGCUAUGCAAGGAGCCUAUUUGCCACAGUAUCCACACAUGCAGACCACAGCGGUUCCUGUUGAGGAGGCGAGUGGUCAGCAGCAGGUGGCUGUAGAGACGUCUAAUGACCAUUCUCCAUAUACCUUUCAACCCAAUAAGUAACUGUGAGAUACACAGAAGGGUGUUCUUUACAUGAAGAAGGGUGUGAAGGCUGAACAAUCAUGGAUUUUUCUGAUCAAUUGUGCUUUAGGAAAUUAUUGACAGUUUUGCACAGGUUCUUGAAAACGUUAUUUAUAAUGAAAUCAACUAAAACUAUUUUUGCUAUAAGUUCUAUAAGGUGCAUAAAACCCUUAAAUUCAUCUAGUAGCUGUUCCCCUGAACAGGUUUAUUUUAGUAAAAAAAAAAGAAAAAAAAGAAAGAAAAAAAGAAAAAACAAAAAAACAAAAACAAAAGAUUUUUAUCAAAUGUUACCAUGCAAAAAAAAAAAAAAAAAAAGGAAAAAAAAGAAAAAAAGAAACAGAAAAAAAAAAAAGAAAACUUCGAUUUUCUGGGUAUGCACAAAGACCAUGAAGACUUAUCCAAGUGCAUGACCGGAUUUUUGUGGUUCUGUUCAUUUUGUGUUUGUGUUGGUUUUUUUCCCAGCUGUAUGAAAUGGGCUUUCUGAAGUUUUAUCUAGUCUGACUUCAACCAUGGUGGUUUGUGCUUGCAGUGCGAGUGUUGCUACCCUUCAGUGUCAACGUCUCUUUUCUUAGCUUUCCAUUUUUUGUUUCCAUGUAGUGUGAAGUGUCUUAUACUUUUCUAUGAAUUCCAAUUUGCCUUAACUCUUUUGAUGCUGUAGCUGUUUCAGUAAAAGUUAGUUCAAACUAAUGAUGUAGAACGCUUUGACCAAAUGAGCUGGUCUAUCAUGCCUUGUAAAACAGCAGCAUAGGGCUUUUAAAAGGUAGUCAAUAAAAGUUGCUGAAAUUUUGGCUUUUUUAAAUAUGUAGUAGGUGUUUUUAAUGAUUUUUCACAUAAUGUGUAAGGUAGUGAAAUGCAAGAAGGGAAAAAUGUUUUGUGUGAAACACAUUUUCAGACUGGGGAACUUUUAAUAGGAUAAAUUGUUUGUAAGACUGUACGCCAACAGUUUCCUGAUAGUUUGAUGGAUUUAGGAUAUCUGCUGUAUGAUGCAAUGUAAAGUCUUUUUUGCCUUUUUUCAGGAAAAAAAAAUAACUUGAUGUUCUAGGUUUAGUGUAGGUAGUGUUGGGGCUGGGGGUGGGGGGCGGGGGAGGGGAGUCACUGAAUGUUUUGUCCUUCUUUUAUUCUAAUGAUAGUGCUUUAGAAUGAGAAUUAUGCCUGAGAUCUGGCAGACCUAAAAGAAAAAGAAAAAAAAAAUGUUGCUAUUGCAACUAAAUGGCAAAAGCUAAAAGUAAGGAUUUAUCUUCAAAUGUAAGCUGAGAUAUGAACAGAAGCAAAACGAUUGGCUACUAGCUCUCUCUCUAUAUAAGGUAAAUUUGAAAAAUAAAAAUGACUUGGCACUUUUAAAGGUAACUUCACCAAAGACCGAAGAGCCAGUAACCAGUAGCUCCAACUCGUCUCAGCAUCUUAUCUUCUGUGCUCUUUAUUUUUGCCGGACCAGUUUGCGGUUAGGAGAAUGUGCCUUUUUUGUACCUUUCCAUUUAGGUUUUUCUAAUUUUAAUUGAUGUAUGGACACACACACCAACAACAAAAAAAAGCAUGAAGGAAGAUUUGGAUCCAAGCAGUGCCACACUUUACAUCAUCACUACAAGUGUUCAAGUGUAAAGAAACCCAAUUUUGAAACUAUGAAAUUCCUGAUUCAUAAAGUUAUUUCUACUUUAGUACAUAUAAGGUUAUUCACUGUUACGAAAGCUCUUUUAUUAAGGCAAUUGCGUAUGUUUUCAAAGCAAUGGUAAAUUAAGUUGUCUUCCAAAACUGUGUACUUUGUCUGGUCAGCUGUGUAUGAUCAGUUAUCUACCUCAGAGUCUGUUUUCUUUCGUGCUGGGACAGGUUGCUGGCCCUCCCUGUUUCCACAGACCAAAUCCUCCUAGCUCAGGAGCUAGGGCUAAGCAGUUAUUUCUUUCGAGUAUUUUUUAGUUCUGAAAUCUUAUGCUUGUUAUUUGAUGAUAGAUGUCAGUGACAUUUCAUAGUUUCAAAAGUCCUUGCUGCUCUGAGAAGUGUAGAGUCUAGUGAAAAUUACAUAGUCAUAAGAGAAAUGUGUUUUGUUUUUGUUUCCUUUUUUUAUUUUUAAAGUUGUGGUAUUAUUGGUUCUAUGCUCCCUGGAAUAUUACUGCUUUGUCAAAGUCCAGACUGAACGCAGCACCCUCUGUGUACUUAGUACCUUUACAAACCUGGGUCUCUCACUACUUGAUAUUUUUUGCAUUAGUUAAGACAGAACUCUGAUAGCUGAGCUAGAGGGGAGGGGAUAUCUGCUGCUAGAAUCGUCUGAACUAAGUGCCAUACUCGUCUGGGUAAGAUUUGGGAAACAUAACCUCUGUACAUAAAAAAAAAAAAAGUCAGUUAAACAUCACAUAGUAGACAGCCAUUAAAUUAUAAAAAAAUUAAUUUAUGAAGAAAGACCUUUUGUACAGAUUGAAAAAAAAAGAUUUUCAUAGAGAUAUCUAUAUGAUCAAGAGAGUUAAUUUUUUAUUUUUGUUUUACUAGUGCCACAAACUUGCCAGUGGUAACUUAUUUGUCCGGUUCAAGAUAACUCUGUAGUUUUCUUUCGUAGGACUUGUUAAACGCCAAAAGACAUUUUUGAACUGUACAUUUGAUCAGAUUGUUAGCUUUUUCUGUUUUAUUUCUUUUGAGAACCUUUGAAUAAAAAAAAUCUGAAAUUUUC